GUUGGUUGACAGGGAUCUCUGCAUUAGCACUGGUGCGCCAGCCCCUCUCUUAUUUUUGCGCAGCGUUGCAUUGCAAUGCGCCAUUUUCCCAUCCUACGUACCGAAGAAGUCACUCCGCACAAGUCGAUUGUGCAUUAAUUAGGUAGUGUCGGGUGGAGCCCACAACUGCACUGCAGUGCUUCUGUACACAGUACAGUACAAGAACUCCUCCCGGAGCCCGAUCACCGAUCACCCCUCUUGUCCAUCCAACCAAGUCCCAACCCAAUCAUGUCCGACACCAAAGACAAACACGACCCUCCCCUCGAGGGCAUUGAGGUCGACUCCGAUGUCGAAGGAUUCGACGUGGGCAUGUUCGACUACGGGGAUGAAGGCGGCGCCUUCCACAUCAAGAACAACCCGAAAGAUCCGUACCAGCGAAGCGAUGUGAUACAGCGCAAGGGAGCCGUUGACAUGCGGUGUACGAUGGUGGACAUCGUCCACGGCGCAAUGUCGGCCGACAGCGACUUCUGGGCCACGUUGAUGGUGUUUGAGUUCCGAUUCGACCCGCAGAAGAAGGCGCGGCGCAUCGCCGAGGCAACUAUCGAGCUCAGGUUCGACGCACUGGAUCCGGACGGCGAGACUCCCGAAGUGGAGUCCAUGUCGUUCGACGGCAACUUCCGCCUGAUGCCUAGCAAGCAGACCGAGAGCAUCACCACGGGCGCAGGCGGAACCGCGGGUGCCAGCUUCGCGGCCAACCUGAGCCUGGAGGCGAAGUGGGAGAAGACGAUCAACCGCGAGACGACGGACGGCAUGACGGUCUGCGGCGGCAAGUUCGUCGUCGGCAACACUCCGCCGAACCGCAUCGCCAAGUGGACGCUCCUGGAGAACAAGACGCUCGAGGCGGGCGUCCCGGCUUCCCUGCGCGUGGCGGUGCUGGUCAAGAAGCGCGACAAUAGAGACUUUGCGUGCGUGCCGAAGCUGGAGGUCAAGGCGGACAGAUGGACGCGCGUGCUGGAAAAGUUCUCCGGGAAGAUGCCCGAGGAUGAUCCCGUCAUAUUGAGCCCGAGCAAGAAGCCCACAAACAGGUUGAUGGUCUACGACACUGAAGAGCUGGGCAGUGUUGAUCUCUGGAAGCUCAGCCAUGUUACGCCUACGACUAUGAUCGUGGACGCGCUCAAACAUCAGGCAAUCGCUGGGGAAGUAAAAUGAGCCAAGAUACACUUAGCUGGUUGUUUGCAGUCCGAGAUGAUUACCUACCUACAUAUAACUACCUAUGUAAAUGUAAAAUCUAUUCCUAGACGAU